AUGAACAGCUGUAGGAGAAUAGCCUGUAGUGGCUGGAGGUCCGGCCUGAACACCGUCUUCUCCCGGAUCACAACCCCGUCCAGCAGCCGGAGCCAGGCCACCUCCGCUGCCCCAGACCCCGACACGGGAGAGAAACCCCGGCUUAGAGCUAUCGACCUGGCGAAGGAGGUCCAGCAGGAGAAGACGAAGCCCCCGGUGGUGGGACAGAGGAAGAAGCCCCAGGCGGAGGCGUCGGGAGCAGCGGAGGCAGAGACUCCUCCGCCGCCGUCCGGGCAGCAGAAGAGGGUGAUGGAGCUGAAACGGUUCAGUCUGCAACUGCAACAAGUUCAUCCCAACGUGCUGGCCAAACACCUGUUCAGAGGUGUGCUGUACCAGGACAAAGAUGUGGUGAUCACCAACAAACCUUAUGGAGUUCCUGUCAAAGAUGAUUGCGGGGGAACAUCCAUCUCCUCUGUGCUGCCUGUUCUCUCCAAAAUGAUGGAUGGGAUGAAGAUGAAGUCUGAUUCUCAGCUGAUCCCAUGUCUGCGGCUGGAGAAGGAGACAACAGGAGUGUUCCUGCUGGCCAGGAGUGAAGAAGUAGUGCAGCACAUACACAGCCUUGUCACAAAUAACCAAGUGCAGAGAAAAUACUGGGUGGUCAUAGUGGGUGUACCUGUUCCAUCUGAAGGAGUGAUCGACAUCCCCAUCAUAGAGCGAGAGGUCCCAGGCCCUCGCCCGCACUACAAGAUGGCACUAAGUCCUCUUUUCAGAGUGAGUGAUACAGGCGAAGGUGUAACCAAAGUCCGCGCCAAUCGGCAAUCCCAUCCUGCAGUGACCAAGUACAAAGUGUUGGACAGCGGCAGUGGCUGUAGCCUCGUGGAGCUCCAGCCUUUAACUGAAGUGAAGCACCAGAUGAGAGUUCACAUGGCACUUGGUCUGACAUGCCCCAUUCUUGGAGACCACAAAUAUUCCCACUCAAACAAACUGGCUCCUCAGAAAUUACCGGAGCGUGUGCUGGGAAAGCUUGGACUGGAGCAGAGCAAGAUCCGCCAUCUUCCUCUUCACGUGCUCGCUCGACAGCUGACGCUGGCAGGAAACACACAAGAAGACAUCAACGUGACCUGUCCCAUGCCUAAAUACUUCAAACAGACGUUGAAUCGACUGUGUUUAACGUUUUCGGAUGAAAAGGACAAGCUAUAACCACCUUUUUGUUAGCAAUCCAAAGGAUGUAUAAAUGCAGUGAGCAACUGCUGUAAAGAAUUUCAGCUGCAACAUGGGACAGGAGUGCACCAUUUAGGUUAAAUGGGCAAUUAAAUAAUAUCAAGCUUUGUAAAUGUGAGAUGCAAAAUUAUCAAACGGAAAAUGUACAGUGCUAUACAACUCGUUUUUUAGUAAUAAACAAAUGAAGCAGAACUGUA